AUGGCGACUCUCAGUGCUGGACGCAAGCACAAGGUGACCAUAGUUGGCUCCGGCAACUGGGGCACCACAAUGGCCAAACUAGUCGCCGAGAACGUGAAGGAGAACCCAUCCCUGUUUGAAGAGACUGUGCAGAUGUGGGUGUUUGAGGAGGAGUACACCAUCCCGAAAGAUUCGCCUCACUACAGCGGCUCCGACAAGCCUGAGAAGCUGUCGCAACUCAUCAACAGGGUUCACGAGAACGUCAAAUACCUCCCGAACAUCACGCUUCCUUCGAAUGUGGUCGCCAACCCCGACCUACCCGAUUCCUGCAAGGACUCUACGAUGCUCAUCUUCGUACUCCCGCAUCAAUUCAUUGCGCGGUCGAGCCAGCAGCUGGUCGGCAAGAUUCUCCCUUACGCACGAGCUAUCUGCUGCACAAAGGGCGUGGACGUCAGUGAGAAGGGCAUCAGGCUCAUGUCAGAGACAAUUGGCAUGACUCUCAACAUCUACUGUGGUGCUUUAUCAGGAGCGAACAUUGCUUCUGAGAUCGCUCAAGAGAAGUACUCGGAGACGACUGUAGCAUAUGACCCGCCACCGAUGGACUCGCGCAAUCCUACCCCCAGCGGUUCGCCCAAUGCCUCACAGACUGAUCUUACUGCUCACGUGGACCUUAUCGAUCCGAGCAAAAAGAAACCUAGCAAGCGCUCAGCGCAUUUGACUGCUCUCCCCAACGAGUACCCACCUCUGUCGCACGAGAACGUCCGGAGGCUCUUCCACCGUCCCUACUUUCAUGUACAUAUCGUCAACGACGUCGCUGGUGUCUCACUGGGCGGAGCGCUGAAGAACAUCAUCGCGCUUGCAGCAGGCUUUGUGGAUGGUCUGGGCUGGGGAGACAACGCCAAGGCAGCUGUAAUGCGUGUUGGUAUCUUGGAGAUGGUCAAGUUCGGCAAGGCUUUCUUCGGGGACAGUGCUCGCACAAGCACCUUUACUGAAGAAAGCUGUGGUGUCGCCGACGUCAUCACUUCAUGCUCGGGUGGUCGCAACUUCCGCUGUGCAAAGAUGUCUGUCGCCCGUGGCAAGACCAUCUAUGAGAUCGAGCAGUCUGAGCUCAAUGGCCAGAAGCUCCAGGGUACCAGCACUGCCUACGAGGUCAACGAGUUCUUGAAGGCAGAGGGAAUGGAGGCCGACUUCCCGCUCUUCACCGCUGUCUACAACAUUCUGGAAGGCAAGAACAAGCCCGAAGACAUUCCCCAGCUUAUUGAGAAGAAGCCAUGA